GGCACCGUUAUCCGUUCAUAACUGUGCGCGUUGUGUGCGAGUCUCCCCAGAAGCAAUGACAGAUGCCUGUGGUUCACCACAGUGGAAACCCGCUGACCCAGAGGACAUUAAACCAUUCGGGAGUGUGCAUAACAAGGUUCCACUCUUGAUCCUUAGUACCCGGAAAUACCGGCCGCGCGCACGCAACUCCAAACCCGUGCGGUCGCAGAUGGCGCUUCGGACCGAAGUCAACAAGCCACAGAUAUAUAUAUCAGUCACUAGGAAACCAGAUGUGAAUUUUACGCAGUGCCAGUUUGCAGCCACUGACACGUACUAUAGGGUUUCUAUACAGAACCAGUUAAUCCAUAGAAAAUAGAAAAUUUGAGAGUAAUCUGCUCCAUAAAUCAUUCGCGUACUGCAAGCAACUGAGUACGAUAACAGGCCGCCACGCUUCACGUGAUAAUCAGUUGUUUAUAGCCGACAUCAACGUCCAUAAACUCGGCAGCGUGAAGGAUAUACCACUAACAAUGUUGCUUACGGGAUUAGAGGCUUUCUAAACUUCAAUUUCAUCCAGCGCACAGGUCCGGGCCGCUGGCCCAAUUUAUGGAUAUAUGUGCGCGACCGUGUGGCACCAUCGGCUGUGUCCCAGCGUAUCCCCUCAUCGAAAUUGCCUUUGGACACGCCCAUCUUGCUCCCUAUGUUUUAUACAUGUUCUUAGUCUUCCAAAAACGCCAUGGACGACUCUUACGGGAAAAGGCGGGGAAUAUCUCUUGCAGGGUGUUUCAUUCAGCAAGUAGGAUGCCACACGCUUGAGGAUCGAUCCGCAGCUCACAUAGGGCCGGGUAACGUGAUAUCUCCCAAAUCCAGAGCCGUCCCAGCUGACCCGAGUUUGUCAGAACCCGUCAGGAGAGGCAUGUUUUAAGCACACAGUAGUUCCAGCCAUGCACGGCUUAGCGAGAGGCGAGGGGGCUGCCACCGGGCGUGCGGAGCCGAUACGUGAACCGAAAUGGAGGGAUUAGACACCACAAGCACAUGGGUGACAAAGCGCAGUUGGAAGUGAUGCCCGGCUACACCGCUUGAGCGCCAUCAGACCAUGAAAUUGCUGGACUCCGUGGAGGUUAAGGCCCAGAUCAAGGUGGUGCUUCAGGACCUUGAUGAUGUACUGCAUGAACUGAAGACAGUCGCCGCCGAGCUUCGCGCAAUCAUACAGCAAAUGGACGACAUCUCGGCCCGGAUAGAUCUGGAGGAGGAGCUGGGGAAAUCUUCUCAGCUCCGCACGAUGUCUCUGCCCCACCCACGGGGACGGCCAAACGGGCAAAAGACAGCCCGGUGGGGACAUUAUAAACAUAUCUCAGACAUAACCGGUGGAUGGGCGAGUAGAGAUAGGUGUGAGUACCCGGAUAUUCUCGCUUCCCGUCCUCAGCACUUCACCGCCUUGCGAGAGACACCCAUCCUGGACUCAGAGUCACUCUAUCCGCUAGAUGAUCAUGCCAGACAUCGUCCCUACAAUACUUUAGACACCAGCCAGCUGAGAAAAAGGGAAUUCUCACCCAACGUAGCCACAAAAUCCCAAACAUUUCGCCCCAGCAGAGGACGAAGAGCUAGCCCCAUAGGAGCAGAGAGUGAGAGUAAAGGUUCACUCUCGCCUCACAAAAUAUUGAAAGAGUCUCAAAACCUUGAUACGUGGGCCUUGACUUUGCGGAACGGACCAACCACAGCGUACUGUGUUAACAAAAGAGGUAUCACGCCCGUGGUGUCGGAGUGCCCCGCUGCCGUGCAUGGACCUACAGCACACAGACAUGUUUUACACGGGAACACGUGCGGACAUACCUGUCAAGGAAGUACCGGCGGCGCCCACAGCGGUGGGGGGACGGACAGUGACUACAGCACUCGUGUUUCUGACGACUUAGACACACUCUCAAGGCGUACACUUGGAGAAGACACCUUCAGCUUCGGCCAUUCGACAAGAUCCUCUCUCCUGGCAUCCGACGAAAACGUACUGCUAACGAGGCAGACAGGUUGCUUCAGCUGUUCAGAGUCUAACACAGACUCUCAAGAAGAAGUCAGCAGUGGUUCUUGUCUGACGACUAGCAGGACCUGGCGUUGUCGGACCGUCUCAGACGCAAGGCGUCGCUUCUUCCGCAAGAAAGUGGAAUUAAGAAACGGCAUCGGGAUCAAGUACAACACAAUCGGACAUGGCCCCGAGAAACGGGAUUCGGAAAGGGAUUCGACCGGAAACGGAAGGACAUGUUCAGCCCUGAUGUGUUCCAGAACACGAGUAGUGAGCACUGGGUCCCAAACCACCGAAGACAUUUCUGACAUUGUGGCUGAAGAAAGAGUCAAGAACUACAUGAAAGAUUAUAUCAACCUUAAAGACGAAAUUACCAAGUUAUGACGAAGAGAAACAUCAAGAUUCAAACGGUGAUUUUUGGUCUUGUAUAUAGUGAAUUAUUGACAAUUUAGGUAUU